AACGGGCUGUCACGUGGAUUUUCUUAGCGGCUUGUUUUCAUAAACGCGGUUGCACAGUACACAGCCGCAAGUGGCUAGGGGAGUAGUGGAUGAGUUGUCGUGUUAUAUUAAGUGACUAGAACAUACUCCUCACGUUUUAGUGAAAAUGUCGUCAGUCAGCGAAGAACUUAAAAGCCUCGUAGUACAGUUAUACGAAAUUGAUGCUUUAAAAUUCGGGGAUUACAAGAUGAAAGUGGGAAUUAAUUCCCCAGUGUACUUUGAUCUGAGAGUAAUUGUGUCACAUCCUUCCCUGAUGAGUGUACUGUCAAAACUUCUCUGGAACUUUGCACAAAAUCGUGCAAAAUGUAACCACAUUUGUGGCGUUCCAUAUACAGCUUUACCUAUAGCAUCUCUCAUAUCUGUGAAUGCAAACAUACCAAUGCUUAUACGAAGGAAAGAAACCAAAAGCUAUGGCACCAGAAAACUGAUUGAAGGAAAAUUUAAGAAAGGUGACACAUGCAUAAUUAUCGAGGAUGUGGUUACCUCUGGCUCAAGCAUCUUGGAUACCUAUAGGGAUUUGACACAAGAGGGCCUUGUUGUCACAGAAGCAGUCGUUGUUGUUGAUAGAGAGCAAGGCGGUACACAAAAUGUUGCUCAGUAUGGAAUACAAAUGAGUAGUCUAUGCACUCUUUCUCAGAUUAUGGAUAUUUUACAUGAGGCUGGAAAGGUGGAUCUGUCUGUUGUGGACAGUGUAAGAAAAUACAUAUCAGCAAGUCAGAUUCCUCUGAUCAAUUACAUUAAUACUACAGUUGCACCUGCAGAUGAGCAGUCAAACCGCCUAACGAUGUCAUUUGCACAACGUGCUUCCUAUGCUGGCAAUUCUGUAGCUGCAGAACUUUUUGCUGUAAUGACGAAGAAGAAGAGCAACUUAUGCUUAGCUGCAGAUAUGCCAAAAACUGCAGACUUGUUAACUUUGACCAGAGCUGUAGCUGAACACAUAUGUCUCUUGAAAAUACACUGUGAUAUUAUUGAAGAUUUUAGCAAGAGUUUUGUACAGGAAUUAACAACACUUGCUAAAGAGCAUAAUUUCCUCAUUUUGGAGGACAGAAAAUUUGCUGACAUAGGUCACAUAAGUACCUUGCAGUAUUCCACUGGAACUCAUCACAUAGUAUCAUGGGCUGAUGCAGUGACAGCCCAUGUACUACCGGGUGAUGGAAUACUAAAUGGUCUCAAAUCUCAGAUUGGUGGACGCAAAAGGGGAUGUUUUGUAGUUGUGGAAAUGAGUUCUGAAGGAAAUCUAGCUUCCCAGCAGUAUAUAUCUGAUGCAUUGGAUAUGUGUUUGAAACACGAAGAUUUCGUAUGUGGAAUAGUUUGUCAGAGUCCCCGCCUGUUACAGUCACCGGGCUUAGUUCAGUUGUCACCUGGUGUCAGUCUAAGCCAAAGAAAAACAACAGACGGCCUUGGGCAACAAUAUACAACACCAGAAGAUAUUGUAUUGGUAAGAGGUGCAGAUGUAGUCGUGGCUGGGAGAGCUAUAUCAGCCAGUGAUGACCCAGUGGCCUCUGCAGCUGAAAUACGUUCACGCCUGUGGAAUGCAUAUGAACAACGCAUAAAAAUAAGUGGCCAAACUGAAUAAAUGACAUAAUGGAACACUCAGUGUUAUCAAUCUCCAAUUUUUUGUAAAAACCUUAAGUAUUAAUUGAAGUAUAUUGUAUUCCCACCUCAGAAUUAAUUAUAUUCUGUUAUUUUCAAAUAGUUCACCCUCAUUGGAUUUAAGAUUUUGUAAUGAUUAAAAAUUGAACAAUUCAUCCAUUAGAUCCAUAGUCAAUGAUUUGAAAAGCAACAGUUGUGCCAUGAGAUGAACCUUGCUCCUCUUCUUUUUUUAAUCAGAUAUGUUAAGAAAACACCUGUUAGGUCUCAAGUCUGUUUUAUAGUUUUGUCUAUGUAUAAACAUAAAUACUGUGGUGAUAAGAAAUGCAAAAUUUCUGUAUAUUAAUUUUUUGCUUUGGAAAAAGAUUGAUGCGUAUAUAUUGCUGUUAUUGUAGGUAUAGUUAAUUGAACAGUUAAUAACCACUCUUAAUGCUUUCAAAUUAGAUUUCUUCACCAUUACCUUCACUCUUUUUUUAAAUAGUCACCAUCCUCUCUUCCGUUCCACUCUUCUCCCCUCUUUCAUCAAAUUCCUGUUAGGUCUAUACCCUACAAACAGCUAUAGCUAGAUUGCUUUGUUCUGGCAGACCGACUUUCAAACAUUGUUGGUAACAUAGCACAGAAUUCCUAACACCAAAUUCUGAAAGGUAAGGUUGCUGUCAACUGUUGGUUUGAGCACCAUAGUAUUUUCUUACUCAAGGUUGAAGUGGUAUCUCCAUUUCUCUCAUGUGUCAUAUGUGUAUGCAGUUUCUUAGUCAUGUAAAAACUGAGUACUACUGAAUCAAGUUGUUUCGGAAAGAAUUGUACCAGGGCCAUUCUUUUGGACACAAAUUUGUGGGCCCACCAUCUCUGUAUACUGCAACACUUUUUAUUUAUAUUUUUUCAUUGUAAAGUCCACAGUGUCAUUUUGUAUCUGUACUACACACAAAUUCAAGAGUAUUUGUAUUCUCACCUCAGAAUUACUUAUAAGCUGUUAAUAUUCAAAUAGCGUAUUGUCAUUGGGCUGUAGAUUUUUAAUGAUUACCAAUUGAAUAUUUCACCCACUAGAAAUAUUUGUUAUUUUUCACAUUCAUAUGAAGUGAUUAACUUAUUUUGGCUGGCAAUUGUGUAAAGCUAAUCUUUUGCCACAAGAAUCUCAUUAUAAUCAAAUAUCUGAUCCGAACAUGACCAUUAUAUAUCCCUGUAGAUAAAAUAUUUAUUUUCUCAUAUGAAUGUCAUAUCUGUGUUACAACAAUAUUAUAUGAAAAUGAUAGUUGCUACUAGACAUAUAGCGGACAUACUGAGUCUCAGAUAGGCACAACAAAAAUAGUGUCAGAAAGUGAGCUUUCGGCCAACAAGGCCUUCGUCAGAAAUAGACAACACAAGCAAAUGCACAUGGCUCCCUUAAGUGAAGUAAGUAGGUGCAAAUUGGAAUAGAGAGGAAAAGGAGUGGGGGUGGAGAGGGGUUGGUAGGAUGAGAUAAAAGUUUAUGUGGCACGGGAGGGUAGAGGAAAUAACACGCGAGAAUGACGCAGGAGCCUGGUCUCAGCAACUCUCUCUCUCUCUCUCUCUCUCUCUCUCUCUCUCUCUCUCUCUCUCUCUCUCUCUCUCUCUCUGUGUGUGUGUGUGUGUGUGUGUGUGUGUGUGUGUGUGUGUGUGUGUGUGAGAGAGAGAGAAGGCCUUGUUGAGACUGAAAGCGCACUUUCUGAUGGUCUUUCUGUUGUGCCUAUCUGCGACUCAGCUCCACUGUUCUGUGGUAAGUAGCAACUAUCCUUUUCAUAAUAUUGUUGCAUUCCAUCCUGGAUUUUUCAUUGUUUCAUAUCUGUAUUAGAUUUUUGCUCAUGUUGUCCUUUUAUCAUCCAUUUCUCACAUUGUUUAAAUCUGCAUUGCAUCACAAGUGAUUAGUAUUUUAAAGUUUUGAGAUGGAUUUUGAUGCUCAUUAAGUAUAGAAAUUUACGAGGUGGUAGCACUUACUUUAAUUCUUGUGUAGUCUGCAAGUUAACAUUCCACAAAGAUUUUUUUUUUCUGUAGUUAGGGCAGCUGUGGUUUAUAAGGGAGACCAAAGUAAAGAUAACCUCCUCGGUUUUGAAAAGAUGUACCAGACAAAUAAAAGGAAAAAUCUUUUAUAUGUGUUGUUUAAAUAAAAGAUUUUUAUGUUGUUUAAAUGAAAGAUUUUUAUUGUAUUCUUUUAUAAAUUGUGGCCAUUUUCAAACAUUCUUAUACACUUUCAUGUAUGAAAAAUGAAAACAUAGGUUUUAUGAAUAGUUAAAAAAAUUCUAUUUUCAUAAGCAGUAUUUUUAUAAACAUAAUUUGCGUUCAGAUACCCAUUUUCUGUUGUGUUAGUAGAGUAAUGCAUGUGGUGGUAUGCUGUGGUUGCACACUGUAUUUACCUAGAACAAGAAAUUCUUUUAUUCUUAUUCCCUAGUGAGGUUUCCUACUUGGACUAAGUUUACUCUUCAAACAGUUAAAGGGAAACUUCCAGUGAAAACUGAAGGUACAUGGAUGAAAAUCUGAACUCUAGAUUGUCCUCAUAUUGGCAGAUAAAAAAACAAAACUGCAUUCCCAUUGCUGCCAGUGCAUGAGGUUGACACAGAUUGUCUUAAAAGUGUGUGGCAUUUUAAUAUGCUUAAAAACAAAAUAUUAAGAACACAAGCAUUCCAUCAGUGGACUUAAUUGUUUUGAUGUUGUUAGGGUAUUGGUGUAUAAGUGGCAAAUCUUUCGUUAAGACACUCAUCGAUAUUACUUCAUAGGUUGUGGGUAUGACGACUUACUGUCAAUGGUCCUACUAGCUGCAUGUCAUUUUGUAAUCAUAUUAAGCUUAGUUUCCACAUAUCCACUCAGACCAACAUCUCAGUUCCACUGUAAUGUUAAUGGGAGAGCACAAGGGAUAAAAGUAACAUCACAUGUAGGUGCAGCAGUGUUCUCUCAUUGUAAUCAAAUCACAUAUUGGUUCUCUUCUCGUGCUGUUUUGAAGUUUUUAAUUUACAAGUGCAUUGAAAAGCGAAAUUUUGAGUAGAAAUAAUUAAUUACUUUGAAAAUGCACUUUCUGAAUGAUCGAAACAAAUUAAAUUAUAUUUAGUAAAGAGUUUAAAUUACCUGUCUUUUUUACCUCGUGACUUUAUUGUGCAGAUCUAUAACAUUAUGCAGCCAAUGAAAUUAAAUUGUAACUGCAUCAUAAAUUUUAAAAUCAUUUGUAUUUUGAGCGCAUAAUGUGUAUGUAUAUUCAAAUACAUUGUGAUUAAAGAGCUUAUAUUAACAGGUGUAAUGAAAUGACCUAAGAGUAUCACUGCCUGUAGUGCUCAUACUUUAAGAAAAGUGGAAAUGUUGCAUUAGUAAUGCCUUAGUAACUGUAAUGCCUGAAAAUAAGCUGUACAAUUUCAGAAAAAUGUUGCACUUAAUGAAUAAAUGCUCAGGUAUUUCUAAUAGCGUACAGUUGCUUAAAUUUAAGGACAACAUAAAUUGUUUCAUUGUAAGUAUAUCAGUUGUGUGCUCCUGUAUGGAAUUGAUAUUGGGUAUUGUUGCAAUAAUUUCUAACUGUAUUUUUUAAGACACCUCUUUGUACUGAAAGACUGUACUAUUGUGCCUGAAAUUGUAAUAUUUUGAAAUUCCAUUUUAAUUAUGAAUAAAAAAAUAAAAAUACAGUAUAUUUU